AUCUACUUUCGAAUCUGUAUUCUGUUCCAAAAUUCAAAAGCGAAAUUUUUCGAAUUAACGAAGAGCUUUAAACUAAAAACGGUAAUUUACAUGGCAAGACGACAGUCAUCUUUUUGGAAGUACAUGACAGGAGCUUUGGCACUGGCUCAAUUCGUAACUAGCAGCUUGAACGUCAGCUUAUGUUGCUUAUGCACUGAUUACCCGAAUGCCGAAAUGUGGGCCGUGAGUUGGACCGCCGCCUACUUGUUUGCCGUUUCUUUCUUCAGUGCAAUCACUACUACUCUCCACUUGGUAACGGCUAUCCUUCGUCCGGGUCCGUUACCGGAGCCAUUUAAGUAUUCCUAUGGAGUACUUUAUAACUUGAUGGCAGGUACUUUGAACGCUUUGUUAGGAGCUGUUGCGGCUACCUUUGAUGGACGACGAUUUGCUCCCGAUCUUCCAGCCUAUGCCGCAGCUGGAACAGUAGGUUUGGCUAGUGGAAUUUUAUAUGUGGCAAGUGGAGUGAUGCUCUUCUCGAGAAGUGGCUCGUCUCACCGUUCCCGUCAUUAAACAUUUAGAAAUUAUGUCGAGAUUUAUUAUUUUCUGAUGUUUUCCGAAUUCCUAAUUGUAGAAUGGUGUCUUAACUCUUUCUUUUAGUCGAUGGAAUUUUUCAGUGCAUGAAACUGAUGAAAUGUGAAAUAAAUUCUGUUUUUAUUAUAUAGAUAAAGCAUAAACUAUUAUUCGAAUGAAUAAA